CUUUCUGCUUAACUUAGUUAUCUCCAAUCAGGAUGAGGGCGAGGCGUGGUUUGCUGUUUGCCAACAGCCGUCUUUCUGCAAAGUUGACAGUGGAGUGCUGACGCUGCUGCAAAUGGACACAAGGCUGGAGGUGGAUGUUUUGAUCUUCCCAGAUAAAGUGAAAAUAGCUUCUCCGGAGGAGCUCUCGGAAUGGGAGCUCGAGACCGCGAGCCAGGUGUCGAUUCCCAGCGUACGACUCUUUGUGGCACUUUACCCCUACAACCCUGCUGCAAUGUCCCCCAACUAUGAGAUGGCUGCAGAAGAGCUACCUUUUGUUCCGGGCCAGAUAAUCAAGGUGUUUGGAGACAGAGACUCUGACGGUUUCUAUCGUGGUGAGUCGGGGGGUCUCUCCGGUUACGUGCCAAGUAACAUGGUGGAUGAAAUCCCAGUGGAUGACGAGUACCUGAAGCAUCUACUUAUGCAGCAGGGUUUCCUCCCUGUGGACCAUUCAGGCAUGUCUUUUACACCUGAUCUGAGCGAGGUGGCCAGUAUCCCCGAUGACGUGGUCGUUCAACGAAUGGUGGCCUUAUUCGACUACGAUCCAUGGGAAAGUUCACCUAACAUCGACAAUGAAGUUGAACUUGGCUUUCGCUCAGGAGACAUUAUCUACGUGUUAGGUGACAUGGAUCAAGAUGGGUUUUACUACGGGGAUCUGCACGGACGGAGAGGUUUGGUUCCAUCAAAUUACCUGCAGGCGCUACCCUGGAAUUAGAAGAAAACGUCAAAGGCCCCCAAAGGCACCCAGAAGGAUCAGUAGCUUUUAUUUAAAAAUAAUGUAUUUUUUCAAAAGAUAAAUAGUAUCAUAAAUUGGAGCAUAAUAGUAACAGUGAUUAGGAAAAACUUUUUAAGAGUGUGUACAUACAUGUGCUUUACAUCUCGAGAGAGUAUUUUUAUAGUACAUACAUUUUGCCUUAUAUCCUGUGUAUAUAUUUUUUGUAA